AUGAAUACUAUAGAGAUGCUGAUGCCUGACGAGAACAUUGAUCGUGACGCACUUCACGAGGUUUUAGGCCCCCUGUACCAAGACUCCGUGUUCAUCCCACCCAGCCGAGUCCUCUCCAUCCUGGCCACCGCCAGCAUGCUGCAGCUGGACAAACUAAUUCAGCACUGUGGGGAAGUCAUGAAGGAGACUGUUAGCGCCCAGACCGUGUGCAGCUACUACUACUCUGCUGAGAGCUACGGCCUCCCAAACGUCAGGACCAUGUGCUUCCAGUGGCUGCUGGACAACCUGAUGACCCAGCCUAAUGAGCAGCUAUUGCGAGACGUGAGCCUGGAUCUCAUGAAAGAGCUCAUCGCAUCUUCAGAGCUCCUCGUGAUGGAGAUGGAGAUGGACGUGUACACCAAGCUGAAAAAGUGGAUGUUCCUGCAACUGCAGCCCACAUGGAGGGGUUCCUGCAGAGCCUUAUUGCCAGACACCAACUUGUGGUUUGACAGGUCCAAGAGGGAGUCGGGGGGCACCGCUUUCCUGGAGACCCAGCAGGGCAGAGCCUUCGUGCCAGUGUUCCAGCAGCUGCGUCUGGCCUACAUAAUCUGCAACCUGUCAUCAGCACGCACCAUCGACCACGAUGCAGUGAUCCCUGCCACUUGGCUAAACCCAAUGUACAAAGAUCAGUGGCUUGCCCUCCUCCAAGCUGCGCAAACCAGGUAUCUCCAGAUCUUUGACAUCAAUGUGUCUGGCCUCCAUCAGAACCGCAUGCGCUGUGGGGCCAAGAUCUGCAGGGAUGAGAUGUGCAGCUGGCGUUGGACUGGCUUGAACUUUGGCUGGGACCUGGUGGUGUCCUACACCAACUGGUGCAUCAUUUGCCGGCGCAGCGUGCUGAACACAUGCGGCAGCCUCAGGGUCAGCCUACUCUGCCAGAGAAAGAUUGCAUUCCGCCUGAGCUUGGCUUCCUUGGACAGGGCUGGAAAUGCCGUUUUCAGGAAGGACACAGAAUACCAGAUCCUUGCCCUGAAAAAGGACCAGGAGCUAGUGGUAGUGGACCUGGAGAACCAAGAUGUGGCCUUCCCCAUGUAUGUGGCCUGUAACUUCCUGUGCCUCCGCAGAAGGGGCACGGCCCACAGUGAGGACUAG